GGGUAGAGGAAUUUUGUUGAUCCCGCGGUGUACAAAACAUUUUAAGUUUAAAAAUAUUUAUUUUGUUUUUCUGUAUCAUGAUUUAAUAAUAAGUUGAUUUGAGGUGGCAAGAUGUACGAGAGCUGACGUGAAAGUAAAAGUGAAAUAGACCGAAGGUGGCGGUAACUCCAUUGCAUCCGGAUUUAACUAAAAGUUAGAAAUAAUAAAAGCCUCAAAAUAACAUUUUCAUACAACUACGAUAGCCAAGAGGAUCAAUCCAAAGUGGAUCAGGUUCGUUUGAAGCUUGCUUUUGGCACUCAAGAAAUUUCCGGAUGAAGGGUAGCAUUAGGCGUGUAAGAUGGAAUGAGGAAAAACUUAAGGAAAUUGAAGCAAAUAAACCUGUAAGGCAGAAAAUAACUGAACCCAAGACGCCGUACCACCCUAUGAUUGAUGAUGAUGAUGUGUCUUUGUCUCCUGUAAGACAUGUUUUCAAUGAUUGUAUCGAUGAUAUGGAUGCAAAAAAAUUAUGCCCUGCUUUGAAGGAUGUGGCUUCCCCUAGUAGAAAAACAACUGGGUGCUCAGCUGGCUGGACAUCUUUGGGUGAUGACGCUAAUGCUGUGGCUCACGAAGAAGAUUCUGAAACAGAUCAAAGUGGUAGGAACUUUAAGGAGCAACGAAAAUCACACUAUGAUGAAUUUUUCAAGAUAAAGGAAUUGCGACAGAAGGGCUCUUUCCUUGAGGACGAACAUGAUAGGGUGGAGGAUGAUCUAUCUUCAUCUUUAAGCUCUGGUGUGAAAGACAUUGGUGUAGAGGAAGGUACUGCCACUUUGCCCUGAAAGUCUUCUUCACGGCCAACAGUUCGAGACCUAAAGCUGACUCUUUUGACAUCCUUUAUGGUUAUUUGAUGGUAUAUUGGUGCCAUGCAUACAAAGGGAAAAAAAACCUAUAUUUUUUUUCUUAUUUAGUUCACUUGUACAUAGUUCCGCCUAAUUCACCAUGUUCAUGUGAAGUUCUGCACACCCUUUUGUUGUUUGGCAAAUAAAGAAAAAAGCAACAAUUUUAUAUA